GUCGUCGUCGUCGUCGUCGUCGUCGUUGUCGUCGUCGUCGUCGUCGUCGUCGUCGUUGUCAUUGUCGUCGUUAUCGUUUUGUUAUCGUCAUCGUCAUCGUCAUCGUAGUAGUAUUGGCCGUACGCGUCUCACGCCUCGGUAGUGCGUGCGUGAAUAUUAUCAUGUUUAUGAACACUGCGACGUUACGGUGGAUUGCCGCGGUCGACACUGUUGUCAUUGUCAUCCUCGCCGUCGUCGUUGUCGUCGUUGUUGUCGUCGUUGCAAACCCUUCGUCGAACAUAAUAAUGCCGAUCGAGAAGGACGGACAGACUUGAGGAAGAGAGGCACGUAGUGGCGCGCGCGCGCGCGCGCUAGCCAGGUGGACGAGAGAGAUAGAGGAAAAGAGGGAGAAAGGGGAAAGAGAGAGAGAAAGAGAAAGAGAGAGAGAAAGAGAAAGAAGGAUAGCAAAGUAGCAGGCCACGCACACGCAGAACAGAGGCACGAUUCGCGUGCAAGAGAGCAGCAGGAGAGCUCGUCGUCGUCCAUCCGUCCAUAAGAGAUGGACGACGCACCAGCAGCAACGUACUACAUCGGCAUCGUUGCUCACGUUGAUCGCGAACGCGGUCCCGUACGCGAUUACGCUGCCACGAGUGCUGUCGAGUGAACUCGAAGAAUAAGAAGAGAAAAGUAGUGGUAGUAGUGUGGUGGUGGUGGCGGUGGCGGUGGUGGCGGCGGCGGCGGCGGCGGCGGCGGCGGCGGUAGCAGCAGCAGCAGCAGCAGCAGCAGCAGCAGUGGUGGAGUUUGCGGUAGUGUUGGAGGGCAAAGGGGUGGCGGUAAGCAACGAGGGGAAGGAGAAAGAGAAGUGCCGAGAGGAGGCAUUUCGCGCGUCGCAGAUUUCGCGUGUCCGAAGGCGCGAUCGUAAGACGCGAUCGCGAGGCCGUGCGAGGUCUGUCUUACUUGUGUGUCACGACGAGACACGACGACGGCGACAACAACGACGACGAGGACGACGACGGAGAAAAUAAUAACAACCCAAUAACAACAACAAAAAUAAUAAUAAUAACAAUAACAACAACACCAAUAACAACAACAACAAUAACAACAACAACCACAACGACAACGACGACGACGAGCAGAAUUGAUUCUCGAAUAAUGGAGACAUUAUUACCCGGCAAUACGAACGGUCAAUCUUACAGUCCGCAAUUAAAGACCGUCUUAAAGACAUAUCAGCUAUCGGCUGUGAAGAGCUUACAAGGUCCGAGCUCGGCCCUUUUGGGCAUGGACUGUAAGAGUCUCUUGCAAGAACAGGCGCCCUUUCAUUUCUCAGCACCGAGUCGUUCCGGCAACUGCAUCGAUGCCGAACGAAUAGCCGAGCGAAUAGCCGAGCGAACCUCUCCAAAAGAUCUCGAUAAAGGCAAUGACCAAGCACCGGUGCCAUCGAUCCUACCUUCCAGACUUCGACGAACGAAUUUUGAUCGGCCGUUGGACGACUCCGAUGAGGAUCCACCGCCUGAUCGCGCCAAAAUCGGUUGUGAAAAAAGAGACCUCGAGUUUCAGAUACCGAUCCUCACUGCUCCCGAUCAAAGUUGUUCCGAAAGAUGCGAGACGGUACUCGAAGGCGAGAGCAUAUCCUGCUUCGUUGUCGGCGGCGAAAGGAGGUUAUGUUUACCACAGAUAUUGAACACCGUACUUCAAGAUUUUUCCCUUCAACAAAUCAAUCAAGUAUGCGACGAACUACAAAUUUACUGCUCGCGAUGUACUCGUGAUCAGCUCGAGGAACUCAAACUUUCUGGGAUUUUGCCGCGUAACGCGCCUUCCUGCGGUCUGAUCACUCAAACCGACGCUGAGAGACUCGUCAGUGCUCUACUAUCGAGGACAGAACCAUGCGAGCCUCCUCAUCUAUUACAAAAUCAAGAUAGUAUCGAUAAGAAAGCAUGUAGUAAAACCGAUCGCGAGGAGGACUCUAUCGUCAGGUUCAAAGUGUAUCAUGAGUGUUUUGGCAAGUGUAAGGGUAUCUUUGACGCGGACCUCUUCGAGUCCGAGGAUUCUGUGUGCAUAGAGUGUCUCGAAUGUGGUUGUCAGUUUUCUCCCCAACGUUUUGUUAGACAUGCUCAUAGGUCUCUGGAAAAUCGUACGUGUCAUUGGGGCUUCGACUCUGCCAACUGGCGUUCUUAUCUUCUACUUUCUAGAGAUCAGCAAAACUAUAACAAGUUGCUUGCUGUCUUUCGAGAAUUGAAAGAAAAACAUCUUGUACUCAACUCAAAGCGGAAACUAGAGUUAAGACACGAGCCAGAAAAAUUAAUUAAAAGAGCGAAGAAAGAAAUGGGGAAGGAUGAGUGUGCAACAAUUUACAAUGGAAAUGGAUUAGGCAUAUAUCAUCCUGUAUCUCCUGUAGCUAGUGCGACAGAUCCAUAUUUACAGAUGCAAUGGGCAGUAUUUGAAUUAGCUACCAGAGGAGCAUCUGCAUUUAGGCCUUGGAGUGCUACUGCUUCUCGCAAACAUAGAGACAGCUCUCCCAUGGUACCAUCGUAUCUCAGUCGUGGUCCACCUGUACUGCAACAUCCGGAACGCGUUGUGCCUCUAUCUGAGUGCGAAAGAUUUGAGCCACAUUUUCAACCGAACGUUGCUUUAGCACCAAUACCGGCUCCUGCCAUACCAUCUAUAGCUCCUCCUGUUCAUCAUCAACGACAUCACCAAGAACAUCGUCAUCAUAGUCAACGUCCACAAAGUCCGAACGAAAAGCAGCAAGAGCUCGUACCGAAACAAGAGUUUGCCGUGAAACUUGAAAAAUCGUCUCCUGGGCCGGCUCCCUCUGGUGGCACGGUCUCCUAUCCUCUCUUCCCAACAUGCACGUCGGAGAACGAUCGAAAGGAGACCCAAGAAAAAAGAACAACUGUUGAAAAAGUUGGCGAGGAGGAGGAAAGUGCCGCCGUAACUUCUUCGACCGUGAGCGUUGAUCCGUCAGCGGCAGAAGUGGGCACGUCCUCUCCUGAAAGUGAUUCGGAUUCUGAAGGAGCCGCGGCCAUGGAUUUGGAGGAACGAUUGAUAGCACUGGACGUUCCGCAGGAUGUUUUGGAGCUUGUUCGACGUCUUGCUUCCGAAAACGCACAGUUAAGACGACAUCGGCGCUCGGAUGCACGAAAAAUCUCGAGGCUACGUAGUCAACUGCAAAUGCAACAUUUACAAUCUACCAAUGACAGUGUCAAAAAGGAAGAAGUAGGAAACGCGAGUGUAGCGGAUAGUACCGAAGGCACUGAAGAAACUGAAGUCUCUUUACGUUCGAACGACAAUGAGCCCGAAUCGGCAGUCCAACCGGUUAGUAAUAAUUAGAAUCGAUCCUUAGAAAUUUUUCAAUUGUUUAAUGAUGACCGUUCUGCGAUUAUUGCGACGCUUAUCAUUCGGCCAGAUAAGCGUUCUCAUUCAAUUUAGUAUUAGAUAUACUAACAAUAAUAUGAUUCUAAAAACGAUUCGAAAUUGUCUAGUUUAUGUGAUAUGCGAGAAGCCUUUAAUGUUAUUACGGUUAAUUUGAAAUUCUUAAUGUAAGUAUACUUCAUUGUCGAUUUUAAUUAUAAUUCAAUGUAGAUACUGUAUUAUAUGAAAAAGAAAAGAAAAGAAAAAAAAAGGAAAAAAGAAAGAAAAUAUUAAAUAGAUUGGGAAAAUUUACCACGCCCGCGUAAACGAUAACGUUUAAUGAUUAUUAAGUAAAUAUUUUGUGCAUAUUAAAUAUGCAUGAAAUGGUUUAAAGAAAGAAGAAAAAAGUUUUUAUGAUCGUACGUUUGGUCGAUCGGACGAACAUGAAAGAGAUUAAAUUAAUUUCCAUUAACUUCUUGUAGUCAUGAUUGCAUAAUGUAAAUAUUAUAUUGUCUCAUUAUAAGUAUAUGUUAGUAUAAAAUAUAACUCUAUUAUGCGAAAUAUUACAAAGUACAAAAAACCUAGGUGCUGUAUUGUUACGCUAGGAAUGCUCUAAGCAUGGACCUAGGUGUGUUCCAGCAGCUCGUGAUAUGUCAUAAUAAUAACGUCAUUGGGUAUGUUUUAGUCUAAAUCUUGAGCGCGAUCGCAAUAUCUUUUUCUUUAGUAUGGAAAGGCUGAAUUAUCUACAUUUCUACAAAGGCAAUGAUUUCGCUAGUAGGGAUCAUUGAUAUUUUUCAAUACCAGAACACUUAAGCUACAAAUAAAAGGAGUACAUCACA